AUGAAAUUCGAGACAGCCCAGCAAGCAAAAUGUGAUGCAGAAGGCCAGGUAGACACGUUAUUAGGAAGUCAUAUGGAAGAUUUAGGCAUUUCUCCGGAAGAAUUCGAUAAGGCAUGUUCUGAAAGCGAGAAGAAUAUACAUUCCCAAUUCCGGAAGAGCCUAUUUGAGCAGUUAUGGGCUGCAGAUGACUACGAGAUAUUCAAGCGAAUGAUGAUGCAGAAGAAUCUCGAACUCCAGCUCCAAGCUUUGGAUCUUCUUGCUCAUCAGUUUGGCUUACUACCUGAAUCGUUCCUACCAGGAGAUGACUAUGAGCCUUCGCCUCAGGAGAAGAGCAUUAUGGAGACAGUCGUCAAGCGAUACGUCGAAGAAAAUGCAGAAGAAGCUGAUGCAGAUCACCAAUCUGAGCAGAAGGAAGUCAUCCAGGAAACCAAAGCUCGCUUAGAAGAAGAAAGAAAGAGAGAAAUUAAACUUAUGGAAAAAGCAAUAGAAACUUCCUUGCACGAUUCACCGAAAGCAGAAACGGAUGAAAAACCUCUAGAAAUCAUGCAAAGAACAGAAGUGUCUCCUGAAGAAGCAAGACGUAGACAAGAAUAUUUGAAACAACAAAGAGAUAAGUUGUUAGCUCUGAAAAAACAAGAACGAGAGAAGCUGCUUCAGCGAUAUGAAGAAACUUCCCCCAGCAGACCGAAAUCCGCCCGGGCAGCACAAAGAGCAGUUCAGGAAGAGAAAGCCGACUCAACUGUUGAUCCUAAAGUAUUGGCCUUUCGGAAAUCUUUAGCCGCUCGUUUAAAAGCUGAAGUAGUAGAUCAAAAGUAAUCAAAAUAACAGAACAAGCUCGAGUUGACCAUUGCCACUUGCGAACAAAUAUUAUCUAGCAGCUGAACUACAAACAGGAUUUGCUUAUUCCUUUUACAUCUAAAAUAAUGAAUUGUAUAUCAGCAAAAGAACCACUCGCAAUUUAAUAAAUCAACAAAGAGAAGAUUGGAAAAAGAGGAACAUGUAGCUUUUAUAACAUGCGAUAAUAUAAAACACUUUAUAAAAAUAGUCUUUAUUCUGACGAGGAAUACAGUAUUUUAAACUUACAUAAUGUAAGUUCCAAACGAAAUCACUCUAUUUUACUUUAAAUUAAUAUAAAGCUGUCAGCUGUAUUAAAAAUACAUUAGACAAAUAGUUUUAUGCUUUCUCUAACUGCUUUUACUUGCUGGAAUAUGAUGCUGUAAUUCUGGAAAUGUUUUACAAUGGAAAAGUAUGUUCUCUAAGUUCUGAGUUUUGUAAUAUUUGAAAAUUUGCAGAAAUAAAUUAUUUGCACAUAAA